AAAAUGAAGCAUCUUUUUUAUUUAAUGUUGGUCAAAAAAUAUAAGAGGAAAAGGCUCUGGUGGAAGGAAGACAGGAUCUCUCCAUGCUUUAAAAGAGACAACUAAGGAAGCUAUGACCGCGUCCUACAUUGGAUGGAUGGAAAAAGAUACCUCGACCGAUCGAUUCGCGGCAGCAGCAGUGGCGGCAGGAACAGAGCGCUCGCCCGCGGUGGCGCAUUUUCGCGCCGAUUUUGGACAGAAGGAUAAGAAUUUCUUCCCGGAAGGGCCGAAUGCAUGAUACCACGCAAAUUCUAUGCCCGGGGAAAGAAAUACUAAGAAACGAGCAUAGCUUCUUCGAGGCCUCACUUCACUCAAAUGGCGAAUUCACCACCGGCGCUGCUCGCUGGAUUGCUCCUCGUCGCAGCCUGUUUCCUCAUCGUCGUGCUCCUCCUCACAACCUUGCAGGACACCACGAUCGAUCACCCGUCUCGAUCUCUAUCAAAAUCGUCCAAGCAUGACGCAGCAGCAGCAGACCGUCCAGCUCCCCUGAUCAUAGCCUCGGCACACUCCGACCUCUACUCGAGGAUGCGGAUGCUCAAGUCCCUCAAGCAAGCACCACCCGAGCCGCUCAAGUUCCUCCUGGUCACCGCCGAUCAGCCGACUUCGUGCAAGACCAGGCAAGGCUCGCACCUCCUCAUGAUGUCGCUCAAGAACAAGGUAGACUACUGCAACUUACACCAGUGCAAGGUGUGGUACAGCCUCGAGUCGUGGCAGCCGGGCUUCACUGGAACCUGGGCUCGCUAUCCGCUGCUCCAGAGGCUCAUGCUCGUCAACUCCCACGUCGAGUGGUUCAUGUGGAUGGACUCGGACGCGCUCUUCACCGAUAUGUCGUUCGUGAUCCCGCUGGAAACUUACGAGAGCUGGAACAAGGACAUGAUCAUUCCUGGAUACUGGGAAAAGGUUUAUGGUGACGAUCCGGACUGGCUGGGCCUCAAUGCCGGGAUCUUCCUCAUCAGAAACACCGAGUGGUCUCGCAACUUCCUGGACAAGUGGAUGAGCUUCCGGCCGGAUUCACCGCAGCGCAGCCACCAUCUCACGGAGAUCUUGAACAGGGAGUUCAGGACGCGUCCGAGGAACUGGCCCGCGGACGAUCAGAGCGCGCUGGCGUAUCUCCUAAGACGAAACAAGACGGAGCACGAGAGGAGGACGUACUUGGAGGCCGGGUACGCUCUCCACGGCUUCUGGGAGGUGAUCGUCGACGGCUUCGAGGAGAUGGCGGCCAGAGGCAACGUGGGCGAUCGCCAAAAGUGGCCAUUCGUCACGCACUUCUGCGGCUGCAAGCUCUGCACCGGGGAGUACGCGACAUCGCAGUCGGCGCGGUGCGUGGAGAGCUUCAGGCGAGCGUAUAACUUUGGCGAUAACCAGGUGCUAGCUCUCGCUGGAAUGGCGCAUCCGGAUUUGUCCAGCCUCGAGGUGGUGGAGUCGUCUGCUUUGUUGUAGUGUGUGAUCAAAUGAAGAUGUUUUAGCAAACCAGCUACCUCAGGAUC